GCAGCUCGACAGUCGGCCACACCAAGGAAACCAUGGCCACCACCACGUCAGUACUCCCCUCCCAGCAGCUCCUUAGCAGCUGCUUGCCGCAGCAGUGGCAGAUGGGCCUCCUGGUGGCCCUCCUCCCUGUCCUGCUGGUGUCGUCCUACCUCCUCCUCACCAACAGGAGCAGGAGCGCCAAGGAUGGCGGCGCGGCGCCGCAGCUGCCGCCGGGCCCCAUGCAGGUGCCGGUCCUGGGCAACCUGCACCUGCUGGGCCCGCUUCCUCACCGGAACCUCCGCGAGCUAGCGCGGCGUUACGGCCCGGUGAUGCAGCUGCGACUGGGCACCGUGCCGACGGUGGUGGUGUCCAGCGCGGAGGCGGCGCGGGAGGUGGUCAAGGUGCACGACAUCGACUGCUGCAGCCGGCCCUCGUCGCCGGGGCCCAAGCGCCUCUCCUACGACCAAAAGGACGUCGCCUUCACGCCCUACGGCGAGUACUGGCGCGAGAUGCGCAAGCUCUUCGUCCUCGAGCUCCUCAGCGUGCGCCGCGUCAAGGCCGCUCGCUACGCGCGCGAGCAGCAGAUGGAUAGGCUCGUCGCCGUCCUCGACAGCGCCGCCGAAGCCUCGGCGCCCAUCGCGCUCAACGACCACAUCUUCACGCUCGCCGACGGCAUCAUCGGCACCGUCGCCCUCGGCAACAUCUACGCCUCCGAGCAGUUUGCGCACAGGGAGCACUUCCAGCACGUGCUUGACGACGCCAUAGACAUGCUGGCCAGCUUCUCCGCAGAGGACUUCUUCCCCAACGCCGCCGGCCGCCUCGUCGACCGCCUCACGGGCUUCCUCGGCCGCCGCGAGCGCAUCUUCAGCGAGCUCGACGCCUUCUUCGAGAAGGUCAUCGACCAGCACAUGGACCGGGCGGCGGCGCGCCCCGUGCCCGACAACGGCGGCGGCGGCGGCGGCGGCGACCUCGUCGACGUCCUCAUCAACCUGUGGAAGGAGAACGACGACGGCACGCUCCGCUUCACCAGGGACCACGUCAAGGCCAUCGUCCUGGACACCUUCCUCGGCGCCAUCGACACGAGCGCCGUGACCAUCCUGUGGGCGAUGUCGGAGCUGAUCCGCAAGCCGCCGGUGCUGAGGAAGGCGCAGGACGAGGUGAGGGCCGCGGUGGGCGACAACAGGCCGCGCGUGGACUCCGACACCGGUACCGCCGCCAAGCUCCCGUACCUGAAGAUGGUGGUCAUGGAGACGAUGCGGCUGCACCCGCCGGCGACGCUGCUGGUGCCCCGGGAGACGAUGCGAGACACCACCAUCUGCGGCUACCACGUGCCGGCCAAGACGCGCGUGUUCGUCAACGCGUGGGCCAUCGGCAGGGACCCGGCGAGCUGGACGGCACCGGAGGAGUUCAAUCCGGACCGCUUCCAGGGGAGCGACGUUGACUACUACGGCUCGCACUUCGAGUUCAUACCGUUCGGGGCCGGCCGCCGGAUCUGCCCGGGCCUCGCCAUGGGCGAGACCAACGUCAUCUUCACCCUCGCAAACCUGCUCUACUGCUUCGACUGGGCGCUGCCGGCGCCGGGGAUGAAGGCAGAGGACAUGAGCAUGGAAGAGACCGGCGGGCUCACGUUCCGCCGCAAGGCGCCGCUGCUCGUGCGGCUCACCAAAUACCAGAACCGCGCGGCGGCGGCGUAGUGGUCCAUCGAUGACGACACGACACGAUCGACAAGCGCGCGCGUGCCAAAGUUUAGUACUGCGCUGCUAUACCGUACCAGCCAGCCGUCAGAGUUACAUUUUAUCCCGUCCUGUUUUGUUUUUAU